GAUGGUGGUGGUAACAGUAUUAAUAAUAAUUCAAAAGUAAUGCCAAAACACCAAAAACGAAACAUAUUUACUCAGAAUAUCUACGGAACACCUACAAACACACAAAUUCUACACUAUAAACUUUAAAGACACCCACAAACACACAAACCACAUUAAUUAGUAUAGAAAUAGCACCACAAUUUUUACUUAUCGCUAAAAUCUCUCUUACACAACCCGGCUUUAUCGAAGUUCGCGCUAAAAUCUCCGUAGCGCGACCUGAGCAGUGCGGGUUGGUGGCUUUGCGGAACAGGUGGGCGUGGCUGGCCUGAAAGCACAUGGCAAUGUCAGGUGGCGGUGUGUGUCCGUUCAGCCUAACAUGGCGGCUGGUGUACCACUCGGCGCUGACGGCGGUGCUGCUGGUGGUGGCGGGGGCGCAGGGGGUGUUACUGGACAUCUACAUCCUGGCAUUUGACAAGAAAACAUCACUGAAUUAUUUUUGGCUUCUCCCGGACUUUUUGAUGGUGUUUCCGUUCGUGGCGGCCAUGUGGGGGGUACAAGAGGAACAAGGACUGAAACGCCACCCCAGUACCCCGCACACCCCACAGCACGCCACGCAGCACAGCACGUGGCGCCCAGUCCUCGAACGCGUCUUUGGCACCCGAGCCGAGCCUGUGUAUGUAUGGCUGGUGUACACGGCGCUCAUGGUGGCAAAAAUCUGUGUUAUUUUCCUCUCCGAGAUCCCGAAUACGAUCAGCACGGAUGCGUUUCUAAGCCCACAGUUGCUUAAGAUUACGAUAUCAAUGACUGCUUUAGUGUUUGGUCUUUUGGUUGAGGGACAAAGUGCUUGGGAUUCCGCGACGGCUUUAAGAGAGGACGUCAAGGCUAGGGAAGCAUACAUCCGAGCCUUAUCGCACGGCACGGCUUUAGAGACACUGGACACUGUAGCUUUCCUGUCUCUCCUUACCCAGAGCGAAUCGGCGCUGGUCUUGCCACUGUCUCUCGAACGGCUCAUCCUCGCUCUAGCCUGUAUUAACCUGUUCCUGCCUGCUGUGGCCUUACUUAAGCUCUCUCACUCGGAUUAUGGACGCGGGAGGCUAAACCGCAUCAUUCCGCCCGUGUACAAGCUCAUCCACCUCUGGCUGACAAAUGUAUCCUUCAUGGUGAUCCGAAUUUACCUGUGGGCCGGUCUGUCGGCUUCUGUUUCCCCAUUUCUCGUCAAAAAUAUUUACCACAUCUUUGCCGUCUUGCGUGAGGUGUGGUCGGAGUGUCAGGGCGCGUGGGGGUGCAAGGGGGGUCUGCAUGGUCUCAGGGUGUGUCUGUGGAGGUGCUGUCAUCCACGCCGAGGGUAUGGCAACAAGGGACAGUCAGUGGCGCUCAGUGAUGUUAGAAGAAGUGUUGAUUCAGGAGAGGCGACUGCUGGAGGAGAACGGUUCGAGGAAAUUGAUCUGAAGCAGUGUGAUAGGGCUUAGUGUGUUCGGACAGAGAGACAGAGAGAGACUAGUGGUGUGUUGAGAGGUAGACAGACAGAGAGGAGUGAUGUGACUAGUAUGUUGAGAGAGAGAGAAAGAGAGAGAGAUUUUUUUGUGGUAAUUAAUGUUUUUAUUCUCGUUAGGACAAGUUUAAGGUGAUAGAGAGAGAGAAAGGAGUUGUCUAGAUCUGAAGGCUGUGUGGUGUUAGGUUAGGUUAGGCUGGGUGUGUCGGGGUGUCAGUUGCGGCUGGCUGGUGUGUUGCAGAAGUGUUGUGUUGACGUCCUGUGUGGUCUAGCAAUACUAGUUAUAGAAAGUUUUGCAGUUCCUAGUGGUAUUAGGUUAGGUUAAGUUAGGUUAGGUUAGGUUAGGUUAGAUUUGGUUAGGUUUAGUUAAGUUAGGUUUGGUUAGGUUAGGUUACGUUAGGUUUGGUUAAGUUAGGUUAGGUUAGGGUAGGUUAAGUUAGGUUUGGUUAGGUUAAGUUAGAUUAGGUUAAGUUAAGUUUGGUUAGGUUAAGUUAGAUUAGGUUAAGUUAUGUUAGGUUUGGUUAGAUUAGGUUAGGUUAUGUUAGGUUAGGUUAUGUUUGGUUAAGUUAGGUUAGGUUAGGUUAGGUUAGGUUAGGUUAGGCUAGGUUAGGUUAGGUUAGGUUAGGCUAGGUUAGGUUAGGUUAGGCUAGGUUAGGUUAGGUUAGGUUAGGUUAGGUUAGGCUAGGUUAGGUUAGGCUAGGUUAGGUUAGGCUAGGUUAGGUUAGGUUAGGUUAGGUUAGGCUAGGUUAGGUUAGGCUUGCAUAAAUAGAACCUCUGUCAGCAUUACUAUUUAUGUAAUAUUUAAACUGUAGUUCCUAUCAUUUCUCUAUUAGCUUACUUAAUCUAGGUUAGGUUAAGUUAGGUUAGGUUAGGUUAGGUUAGGUUAGGUUAGGUUAAGCAAUGUUAGAUUAGGUUAGGUUAGUUAAAGUUAGAUUGUAUUAGGUAAAGUUAGACAAGGUUAGGUUAGGUUAGGUUAGGCAAGGUUAUCUUAGGUUAGACAAGGUUAGGUUAGGAUAGACUGCGUUAUAUCAAUAGGUUAGCUGAGGUUAAAUUAGGUUAGGUUUGCUGUUAACCAAAAUUGUAAUGGGCUUUCGAAGGAGGUGCUGUAUUGAGUAUUGGAGAAAUAUUUUUGUAUGUGUGCAUCGAGAGCAGUCAGUAUUUUAAGUGUGUGUGUGUGUGUGUGUGUGUGUGUGUGUGUUGUUUUCAUAAGGUACAAUAAUUUUUCGGUUUGGUAAGAAAGGGUUAUUAAAAUUCUUUGUAUUAGAUAUAUAUUAAUAUUUUUUAUUGUCUUUUUUUCCAUUUUAUUUAUUUGUUUAUUUGUUUAUUUUCGUAUCUUCAUGGUUGUAUUUCUUUUUUGUCAUUUAUUUAUUUUUGUUUAUUUUCGUAUUGAUGUAUUUUGUAUUUACUUCUUUUUAUGUCGUUUACUCGUUUAUUUAUUUACUUUUUUUUUUGUUUAUUUUCUUAUUAAUGUUUCGUGGUUGAAUUUCCUUCGCUUUAUGUCUGUUAUUAUUCAUAGUUUUCAUUUUAUUUAUUUAUUUAUUUAUUUAUUUAUUUAUUUUAUCUUAUUCGUGUUUAUUUUAUCAAUUUUAUUCUUUGUAAUGAUAUUCAUGGUUGUAACCGCGUCUUAUUUUGUGUAUCGUUAUUUAUUUAUUUAUUUUUUUUAUCUGUCUACCUGUUUAUUUGUUUAUCUAUUUAUCUAUUUAUUUUCUUAGUUAUAAUAUCCAAGGUUGUAUUCUCAUUAUUUUUUGGUAUUAAUUUUCUUUUAUUGAUUUAUUCAUUUUUUAUCAAUACAUUUAUCCAUCUAUUCAUGUAUUUAUUUAUUAUUUUCUGUAUCAUUAAUUUCCCUCGUAUAUGCUUGUAUUUACGUCAACAUGUACACUGUGCGACAAAUGUGAACAGAUGUUGGCCUAACAAUUAUUAAAUAUGGGUGCUUUUUGUAACUUUAUUUUCGUUUAUAAAAAUAACAGGUAUUUUUUUUUUCGUAUUGAGAGAGAGACAGAGAGAGAGAGUGUAUUAAUUAUUUCAGUAUUGAUAAUGGUAUAUGUUAAUGACUCAUGCUUCAGUGCUAUAUAAUGAUGACGAAGUGGUUUUGUAAUAAAAUACCCCC